CUUCUACCUGCAGCACACCUGAAGCAAAAAACCCGUGAGGGUCGGAUCCUCAUUCAGAGCCAGAAUGUCUGCCGGAACAGAGGAGGAUCUGUCCUGUCCUAUCUGCCAGGACAUCUUUAAAGAUCCUGUCGUCAUUUCAUGCAGCCACAGCUUCUGUAAAACCUGCCUGCAGAAAUGGUGGAAAGAGAAGAAAACACUCGAGUGUCCCAUCUGCAAGAGGAAGUCCUCCCGGAGUGACCCUCCUCGGAACCUGGCUUUAAAGAACCUCUGUGAGACUUAUGAACGGCAGAACAACCACAGAGCUCAUAACAACGGGUCGGAGCAACUCUGCAGUCUGCACUCUGAAAAGCUCAAGAUCUUCUGCCUGGACCACCAGCAGCCUGUGUGCAUCAUCUGCCGGGAUUCAAAAAUCCACAACAAGCACCACUUCAGACCCCUAAACGAGGCGGCCCAGGAGAAGCGAGAGGAGCUGCAGAAGUUCCUGAAGCCUUUACAAGAGAAACUGACUCGGAUGGAAGAAGCUAAAGGAGACGGAGAAAAAACUGUGAAGUUCAUCAAACUGCAGAGCCAGCAGACAGAGAAGCAGAUCAAGGAGCAGUUCCAUAAGCUUUACCAAUUCCUGCAGGUGGAGGAGAAGGCCAAGGUCGCCGCUCUGAAAGAGGAGGAGGCCAAGAAGAUGUUGCUGAUGAAGAAGAAGCUGGAGGCACUGAGUAAAGAUAUCGCAGCUCUUUCAACCAUGAUCACAGCUGCUAAGAAGGAGCUAACAGCUGUAGACAUCUGCUUCCUGAAGAACUACAAGACCACAAUGAAUAAAGUCCACCAGCACCCCCUUCAUGAUGACCCUCAGCAGGCCCCUGGAGCUCUGAUAGACGUGGCCAAAUACCUGGGCAACCUGACCUUCCAAGUAUGGAACAACAUGAAGCAGAUCGUCUCGUACAGUCCUGUGAUCCUGGACCCAAACACUGCAGACCCGGAACUCGUCCUGUCCCAUGACCUGUGCAGUGUCCGAUCCGGAGAAAAGAAACAGAUCCCUUUGAAUCCAGAGAGGACAAAGUUUUCCUGCUCCGUCCUGGGCUCUGAGGGUUUCAACUCGGGAUGCCACAGCUGGAGCGUGAAGGUGGGCGACAAUAAGGACUGGGAACUGGGUGUACUGGGAGAGACCCAGACGACAAACGAAUGCCCUACGGCUCAGCUGUGGAGGAUUUCAUUUACCGACGGGAAGUUUACGGCCUUCUCCUCCUCUAAACCAGAGGAGGAUCUGCUGGUGAAGGAUGUGGUGAGGAAGAUCAGGGUUUACCUGGACUUUGACAGGGGGAAGCUGACCUUCUCUGACUUUGACACCACCACCAACAUCCACACCUUCACAGACACCUUCAGCAACACCCUGUUUCCCUACAUUUACACCGAGAGUCAAGCUCCGCUCAGGAUUAUCCCUGCCAACAUCUCUGUGAGCGUCCCCAAAUUCACCUAAAAAAGUCAGGAUCUGACGGACUUUUGGAGAAUUUAUUAGAUCAGGUAUUAAUUCCGGGUUCAAAUUCAGCUUCCAGGUUGUACACUUAAACUACCUGAUUGCUCUGAGUCCAUUUCUGCUCAUGUUUGAACAUUUAGCUUAAAUAUCUAAAAGCCACAGAAACCAAGAUAUCAUGCUGGUCUGGAGAUAAAAAUCAGCCAACUCUUUGUCCGAAACUGGUAACUAUGACAACGGGAGACAGAAGAAAAUGUUUACCUGUCUGGAUGACUUUAAUCUGCAUUUAUUUGAACUUAUUCAUCUAAUAUGGAGGAGGUAGAGGGAUUUGAUUACUUCUGGUUUUCAGAUUUCUUUAGCCUGUUUCAGUGUUUGAUCCGUUUCCAGUCCUGAUGCUGGAGGAAAGUUCUUUUAAUCGGAAGCUCUGAUCCGAUUCUUCCUGCAGAACAAGGCCGGCUCUCAUUUACAUGCUCUAUUAGUCUCUAUUAGAAAUCUGAGGCCUUCAUGAGAGCAAAAAUGUGGUCAAUUUGUGUUCUUUAAUCAUAGAUGUUUUCAGCUGCAGAGGUUUAAUAUUUUCAUUAUUAGAAUCUAAAGGUUUAUGGU